GCGAGCAAGGGGAAGAGGGGCAGGAGGGGUUGGUUGUCAUUGCCCGCUGGCCGAAAGGAGGCCGUUCGUGAGCUCUGUCAGCCCGCCAGGUUCCCCUUGGCGUCGUCGAAGGCGCGGGUCAUUGCCGUGCGUACGGCGGGGCCGCCUGCAUCUCCUCCUCUCCGCCUGCUCCGCUAUCACACAGCUCGUUGGACGGCGGCGGUGCCAGCAGCACGGGUUGCGCGGUUCCCUGGUCGCGCGGUCCCCUGGUCGGGAGGGAGUCUGUGCCCGCGUGUCUGUUGUUCAGAUACCCCUGUCUUGCUUUGGCUCCGACAUACUUGUCUUCCUUUGGCGACUGUUCGUCCUGCUGUUAUCCAUCCUGCGGGAGGAGCGCCAGCCAUGGCGGGGACCAUUGCUCACGCAGCGGUGCUGACCAAAAUCAAUGCAGCUGCUGUUGUGAUCUCGUCUUCAGCCCAAGAUGGGGAUUCAGCACGCCGAUCUAGUCGAAAGGGACGGCCGUCAAUUGUUCCUAGGGGCUCCCUUCCGCAAUGCAGAGACAGUCAUGCCAGUGCGAAGGCGUCGAAGGCGCUGGCGACAAAGACGUUGACGUCUUUCAUGGGUUUGAGAAGAGCGGGGACCGUGGAUUUCCUCAGUGCCUCGGGACGGCGGUGCUGCUCUCAUGACCUAGCCAGUCUUGUCCGGAAGAGCUCUUCGAAGGGUGGUGGGAGAGGGAGAAGGGGGGUUGCAGUUGCGAUGUUUGAGAGGUUCACAGAGAAGGCAAUUAAGGUUAUAAUGCUUGCGCAGGAGGAGGCCCGACGACUGGGGCACAAUUUUGUUGGGACAGAGCAGAUCCUGCUGGGGUUGAUUGGAGAAGGGACUGGCAUUGCAGCCAAGGUUCUGAAGUCGAUGGGCGUAAACCUCAAGGAGGCUCGUGUGGAGGUGGAGAAGAUUAUCGGCCGCGGCAGUGGUUUCGUUGCGGUUGAAAUCCCAUUUACCCCUCGUGCGAAGAGGGUGCUAGAACUUUCCCUGGAGGAGGCACGUCAGCUAGGACACAACUACAUUGGAACUGAGCACUUGCUGCUGGGUCUUCUGAGAGAGGGUGAAGGCGUCGCCGCCCGUGUUCUCGAAAAUCUUGGAGCUGAUUCCAGCAACAUCAGAACCCAGGUAAUCCGCAUGGUUGGAGAGAGCACAGAGGCCGUUGGCGCAGGGGUUGGGGGAAGUGGAGGAAGCACGAAGAUGCCCACGCUGGAGGAAUAUGGCACAAAUCUCACCAAGCUUGCAGAAGAGGGUAAGCUUGAUCCCGUUGUUGGGAGGCAGGCACAGAUCGAGCGUGUCACGCAGAUUCUUGGACGAAGAACGAAGAACAACCCUUGCCUGAUUGGAGAACCUGGUGUGGGAAAGACUGCCAUUGCUGAGGGACUGGCUCAAAGAAUUGCUACUGGCGACGUCCCGGAGACCAUAGAAGGAAAGAAGGUGGUGACAUUGGAUAUGGGCUUGCUGGUAGCUGGUACAAAGUACCGAGGAGAGUUCGAGGAGCGGCUGAAGAAGCUGAUGGAGGAAAUUAAACAGUCUGAUGACAUCAUUCUCGUCAUUGAUGAAGUUCACACGUUGAUCGGUGCUGGCGCUGCCGAAGGUGCAAUUGAUGCAGCGAAUAUCUUGAAGCCAGCCCUUGCAAGAGGAGAGCUUCAGUGCAUUGGUGCGACCACCAUUGACGAAUAUCGCAAGCACAUUGAGAAGGAUCCGGCUCUGGAGCGCCGUUUCCAGCCAGUUCAGGUUCCUGAGCCAACAGUGGAGGAGACAAUUCAGAUCUUGCAUGGCCUCCGCGAGCGGUAUGAGAUUCACCACAAACUUCGUUACACCGAUGAGGCGUUGGUUGCCGCUGCCCAGCUCUCUUAUCAGUAUAUCAGUGAUCGUUUCUUGCCUGACAAGGCAAUCGACUUGAUUGAUGAGGCUGGCUCAAGGGUUCGCCUCCAGCAUGCUCAGCUUCCGGAGGAGGCUCGGGAACUUGACAAGGAGUUGAGAGGAGUGACGAAGGAGAAGAACGAGGCAGUGCGAGGCCAAGAUUUUGAGAAGGCUGGGGAGUUGAGAGAUAAAGAGAUGGAAUUGAAGGCUCAGAUUACUAGCAUCCUGGAGAAAGGGAAAGAGAAGAGCAGUGCAGAGUCAGAGGCUGGAGAUACUGGCCCCUUGGUCACUGAGGCUGAUAUUCAGAAGAUUGUCUCUGCAUGGACUGGAAUUCCUGUUGAAAAGGUCUCCACGGAUGAAUCUGAUCGGCUGCUCAAGAUGGAGGGAACACUCCAUCAACGCGUCAUCGGUCAGGAUGAGGCAGUGAAGGCUAUUAGCAGAGCUAUAAGGCGUGCAAGAGUAGGGCUGAAAAAUCCUAAUCGGCCUAUCGCCAGUUUCAUUUUCUCUGGUCCUACGGGUGUUGGUAAAUCUGAGCUUGCCAAGGCACUGGCCUCUUACUACUUCGGCUCUGAGGAGGCAAUGGUCCGACUUGAUAUGAGUGAGUUUAUGGAAAGGCAUACAGUCUCAAAGCUUAUUGGGUCACCUCCUGGAUAUGUUGGCUAUAGCGAGGGUGGGCAAUUGACGGAAGCAGUUCGGCGAAGACCAUAUACGGUGGUCCUCUUCGACGAGAUUGAAAAGGCUCACCCAGAUGUGUUCAACAUGAUGCUUCAGAUCCUGGAAGACGGAAGAUUGACAGACAGUAAGGGAAGAACGGUGGACUUCAAGAAUACCCUCUUAAUUAUGACUUCGAAUGUUGGCAGCUCUGUCAUUGAAAAGGGUGGAGGUGGAUUGGGUUUCCGGCUGGACUUUGACGAAAAGGACAGCAGUUAUAAUAGAAUCAAGACGCUCGUGAAUGAAGAGUUGAAGCAAUAUUUCCGGCCUGAGUUCUUGAACAGGCUCGAUGAGAUCAUCGUCUUCAGGCAGUUGACGAAGUCCGAGGUGAAGGAGAUCUCCGACAUCAUGCUCAAGGAGGUCUUUGACAGGCUGAAGAAGAAGAACAUCGAUCUGCAAGUCACAGAGAGAUUCAGAGACCGCGUGGUUGACGAGGGUUACAGCCCAAGCUACGGAGCAAGGCCUCUUAGGAGAGCAAUCAUGAGAUUGCUUGAGGACAGCCUGGCGGAGAGAAUGCUCGCGGGUGAAAUCAAGGAGGGAGAUUCUGCAAUCGUGGACGUUGACGCAGACGGAAAUGUGACAGUCUUGAAUGGGAGCACGGGCACAGCGACAACAACAGCUAUUGAAGCCCCGGCCGGAAUUGCAUAAGUUCAUCUGGACUAAUUCUUAGCUUCAGCUAGCUGUACUAUUACUGGUACUCGGUAGUUUUGUCUCUGUGAUUGUGAUGUGUUCAUUUCUGGUUGGAUUGCCAGGAGGAACCAAUGAAAGAAAACCGACAGGACUUGGAGGAACGAGGAGUAGUGAAAAAAGGGUCCUUGUGUGAGGCAGGCGUAAUGCCCGUGUCCUUCUCUGGGUGAGGAGUGAAGGGGUUAGUGAGUGUCCAAAGAAGGAAACACGGUUGUGAGAUCAUGUCACAGAGAGAGAUGCUGCUGGUAGAAGGGAUCGCCUCAAGAGGAGUAGCUUUAUUUUUUGUUACAGUAGUAGUAGUAGUUUGAUAUCAUGCUGCCCAGUGCUUGAUGUAUGUUUGGGCUUAAUGAUUUGCAGAGUCCUUCCGUGGGAACGUGUUCUCCAGUGUGUGUGAUGGUGUGGGAUAUGGCCCUGAGAUGUCUACUUCCGCCGACAUCCGUUUCUUUUUUACUUUUUUUUUCUUUCACUGACAGCCGCUUCAAAUGAUAUCUUGAUCGGGUUUGGGGUUGUGAUGGCUCAUUUCAGUUUUCUGGUUGUGGAUCCAUUCUUGCUUGUUUUAGCCUUUCACCAGUGGACGACCAUCAUUAGCGUAGGUGCUGGAGGACUCUGGAGGUCGCCCUCUGCCGUUACUUUUGCCAACCCACUUCACUGAAAAGACGCUCGAAAGGAACGCAGAGCAAAAGAAAUGUUAGUACGUCGCAAACUCCAAUUUGUUCAACUGGAGAUCGAGGUCGUUGAAACGGGCUCUAGAAGAGAUUCAGUACCUUUUCUGUUCCCUCUGGCUUAUGCUGCACUUGUCAGGCACGGUCAUGUCUAAUUGGACAUGUCCGUGUACAUGUUAUUGCUUCCCCCCCCCCUCCCCCCCCUCUAAUUGAUAGCGAAGUCGAUGAUGACAAUCGUCGUCGUUAUGAUUAUGCUCUCAGAUGUUUGUUGGGAGGAAGCGUUCAGACUGAGGGGGCAGAUUCAUCAGUCACUCACGCUGACCUGUUUCCAGUUAGCAAGAGUUGAAAACCCAUUGAUCGAACUCUGGGGUCCAUACUGUGUUAUGCGCUGUGUGUUGUGCUUUUUGCCAAUCUGACGAGUCAGUGAUGAUGGCUGUCGUGAGGAUGACAAUGCCUGUGUCGCAGAAUGCAGGUGAUGA